ACAUGUCCUCCUCGAACAAAAAUUGGCCUAGCAUGUUCAAAUCCAAACCCCUUAACAAUCAGCAUCAUCAUCGUGACAUGGAUACUUCCUUUUCCUCGGAUCGUGUACCAGAUCCUAAACCAAGAUGGAAUCCUAAACCGGAGCAGAUUCGGAUACUCGAAUCAAUUUUCAAUUCGGGUAUUGUGAAUCCACCUAGAGAAGAGAUUCAAAGAAUCCGGAUCCGACUUCAGGAAUAUGGUCUCGGAGAUGCAAAUGUUUUUUACUGGUUUCAGAACCGGAAAUCACGGGCAAAACACAAGCUUCGUGUUCUUAAGAAAAACCCUAAAAUGCUUGGUUGUAAUCCAAACAAGACCAGGAAGGACAAAAUCAUUACUCCUAGUCCUAGUGUUGAUACUACUGAUCCUUGUUUUGGUUUGGUUAACCAUGAAACUGGUUUAUUUCCGAGUCAAAACAAUGAGUUGGUAAUAACUGAACCGGCCAGUUUUUUAUAUCCGGAUGAUAAUAAUCCAAGCUUUGGCCAAUCAGGGUUUGGUUUUGGUGAUUUUUGUGUGCGGCCGGUGGUAUCUGAAGAGAGGAUUGAGUUCGCCGCCGCUAAUAACGGCGUUAAUAUGAACAUUCCGGAGAUCAACUUUGAAGGCGGUGAAAAUGGUUCUUUCCCUAGUUCGGUUUCUGCAACUGUUCCAUCAACCGUCAAUCAGUCACAAGGUAGGGAAUAUGCAGUAUUAUUCGGUGGUGGUGAUGUAGGAGAUUAUCUUCCGGAGAGAUUGACGGUGUUCAUCAACGACAUGCCUUUCGAAAUUGAGGGAGGAUCAUUCAACGUUAGAGAGGCAUUUGGAAGCAACGCUAUGUUGAUAAACUCGUUUGGACAACCUAUUCUUACCGAUGAAUUUGGAGUUACCUUUCAACCUCUCCACAAUGGUGCUAUUUAUUAUCUUCUUUAG